AUGGUUAAGGCACAAACUUUAGAACUGGAUGCCCAAAAUGACGCUAUAAAAGAACUGUUUGUUGCUGUGGAGCAGAGGUACCAGUGUAGAGAAUGCAGCAAAAAAUUCAAAAAAGUUGGGUUUUUGAAACGACAUCUAAUUAGAGAACAUGAGUGGACAUUUGGAGUUGACAGACAGAAUGCUGAUUCACCAGAUCAUAUUGCUCUUUACAGAGCUUCGUUUAUGAAAUGUGCAUUGCUGUUACGAGAUAUUGAGGACUCCUAUAAAAUGGCUGAUGGCGACAGAAUUGCAGAAACUGCUAAAUUUCAACUAUUGCUAUCUAAUGUUGGAAAGCACACAAGAUAUCAGCUCUGGUUGUUCAGGUUCUUGGCUUACAUUUAUGGAAUUCUUUUACCAAAAAUGUCAUUUGAAUACAAAUGGAAUUGCACAACCAACUUGCAUGGAGGUAUAGGACAUAACAUACCAAAUGACAAACUUGUAGAACUUCAGGUUCACAGGUGGGCUAAAAAGUGCAGUCACAUUGGGUCUAAUGCAACAUAUGAAAGUGCACGGAAAGCUGCACUUGCAAAAUCUAGCAAGUCAAAGUCAUGCAAAAGUGUCUGGAGCAAAAAGACCUGCAGUUUCAAAAGCUGGGGAUAUCAGUCUUAUGGUUGA